GAGGUCAGGCUUAAUUUGCCAAUACAAUCCUGCGUUGCGUCUGAGAAACUUCCUAUAUAAGCCAAGAAAAGUAAUCGGCCCAUAGGGACAAAUCUUCCUUAUAGUCUGAUAAGAAGCCUUUCACUCACACUCUCUAUCAAGAACGACCUCUCUGCAGUGUGGAGUAUUGGCGAUGGCUCAAUCCAACAAAGCACCUUCAUCCUCUCCGGUUUCUGUGAUAGGGUCUCAAUUCCUGGCACCACAUCAACUCGAUCUUAUAGUUGAUAGAAUUUCAAGCGGAAUCCUUUUGAUUACAGAUAUUAACCAUAAAAUCAUCUUCAAAGUGAAACCAUGCGACUCGUUCUUUCAUGAGCAGCGAGUACUACUCGAUGUUGAUGACCAACCCAUCGUUCUGAUGCGCAAUAAGAGCAUGACUGCACACGAUGGAUGGUAUGUAUUCAGGGGUGACAGUGAAAGCAAAUCGGAUAUGAUAUUUACCACAAAAAAACAUUGCGUGAUCCAGCUGUUUAAGAGUGAUGUAAAUGUGUUCUUGGCAAACAAAACCAGUAGUAAAAAUGUUUGUGAUUUUAAGGUCGAAGGAAGCUGGUCGAAGAGAAACUGCACUAUUUAUAUGGGAGAUACUUCAACCACAAUAGCCCAAAUGUCCAAAAUGCAGUUAUCGGAGAAUAUUGUAAAGUUCGUUAAUGAGAAAUUCAAGGUGACCAUUUCUCCCAAUGUGGACUUUGCGUUUGUGAUCACAAUUAUAGCAAUUAUUGAGGCUAUGGAAGACUCUGACAAAAAAAGUAAAGGUGCUGUGCAAGUUGUUGGAGGUGUGACUGAGGUUGUUGGCACAAUACUCCUUUUAUAGUCAUAUUAGUUGCAUUCUCUACUCUUAAAUUCUUCCAUGCAUCAACGGGUUUAUAUAUGGCUUAUCCGGCAAUUCAUAUCAUCUUUUCACAUCGUGAUUGAUAUGGUAUGAUUACCAUGAUAGGCUCAAAUUAUGGUUCCUUAAUUGUGUUAAUUAGAAGUAAUUAAGUUAUAAUCUGGACAUGUUAAUUAGUUGUAUCCUAGUGCCGAAGAAUAAAUGUUGCUUUGGAAUUUUUUUUGAAGUUUGUGUAACUAUUAAGAAGUGCUCUUCAAUAGUAUCAAACAUUGUAAUAUAAAUAUCUAGCAAUAGUCCAGAUGUAUGUGUUCAGCUUUUUAAUAAAUAUGAUGUUGUAUUAAACAA